CUUUAAAAUUACCAGUGUGUCUGUCCGGUGCAGCCUCAUCACGCUCACUUUACAGCACGUCCUCCCCCUGAGCAGGAAACGAAACCUGCUGAACGGCAGCGGCGGCUGUGUGUUGCACCAGGCCCGGCGCUGUGGUGUCCCAAUGGCAGGCCUGAGAAACAGAGCUGGAGCGACCAUAAGCCGACAGGGAGGAGGAGGACACUCCGCUGCGUUCUCCCUGCUCGUGCUGCUGGCCGCGCUGCUCACCUGCGGCGUCAGGUGUGCGGAAAGCGCCAAACCGAGCAACGUCAUCGUCGUGCUUGCAGACGACCAGGAUAUUCAACUAGGUGGAAUGACACCGAUGAAGAAAACAAAAGCAUAUAUAGGAGAUGCAGGAGCAACAUUUGUGAAUGCUUUCACAGUCACGCCACUGUGCUGCCCCAGCAGGAGCAGUAUUUUGACGGGUCGAUACCCUCACAACCAUGAGGUGAGAAACAACUCCCUGAGUGGGAACUGCUCCAGCAUUCAGUGGCAGAAAGGCCCUGAGGCAGAGGCCUUCCACACUUACCUCAGCAAACUGAAAUACCAGACCUUCUUUGCUGGGAAAUAUCUUAACCAGUACGGCAGCAAAGAUGCAGGAAGUGUCGGCCAUGUUCCGGUUGGCUGGGACCAGUGGCAUGCACUGGUGGGAAACUCCCAGUACUACAACUACACCCUGUCAGUCAACGGGAAAGAAGAAAAGCACGGUGACAGUUACGAGGACGACUACCUCACAGACCUCAUACUGAACCGGUCCCUUCGCUUCCUGGAUGACAGGAGCCCUCAACAUCCGUUCUUCCUGAUGUUGUCACCUCCAGCUCCUCACUCCCCGUGGACGGCUGCGCCUCAGUACCAAAAAGAGUUCCAGGACGUUCAGGCCCCUCGAGAUGGCAGCUUUAACAAACCGGGGAAGGAUAAACACUGGCUGCUGCGCCAGCCACCUAAUCCCAUGGCAAACAGCUCGAUCACCUUCCUGGAUAACGCAUACAGGAAAAGGUGGCAGACCCUGUUAUCUGUGGACGACUUGGUGGAGAGUCUGGUGAAGAAACUCAGCAGUAUAAAUGAGCUGAACAACACCUACAUCUUUUACACUUCAGACAACGGCUACCAUGCAGGUCAGUUCUCGCUGCCUAUUGAUAAGAGGCAGCUCUAUGAAUUUGACAUCAGGAUUCCGCUCAUGGUCCGUGGUCCUGGCAUCAAACCAGGGCAGAUGCUACAGGCUCCAGUGCUGAAUAUCGACCUGGCUCCCACCAUACUGGAUAUAGCUGGAGUCAACCUGUCAGUUGUGAAUGUGGAUGGGCAGUCUUUCCUCGCUCAGAUGGCUCCUUCAUUGCGUAAUGGCACGGUACGACCAUUCUUCCUUGUUGAGUAUACUGGAGAGGGACAUCCAACAAAAGACCCUGCUUGUCCUAAACUUGGCCCAGGACUAUCUCAAUGUUUCCCAGACUGUGUAUGUGAAGACUCCUAUAACAACACAUACGCCUGUGUCAGGACCCUGGACAGCAACCAGAACCUCCAAUACUGCGAGUUUGCAGACAGUGAGUCGUUUGUAGAAGUCUAUAACCUGACAGCAGACAUGCACCAGCUGGAGAACAUUGUGAAGAAGGUGGAUCCCUCCGUCCUGCAGACCAUGAACCAGCGGCUCAUAAAGCUCCAGUCCUGCAUGGGCGACAGCUGCCGGGACUACAAGUAAAGAUGAGGCCACCAAAGAAACUGCCAAACAAUGACCACACCAAACUGAGUGCAGUGUGGGGUCAGUUUGUCUGAAUUUUUACAAGUAUGAAAAUGUUUUGAGAUGAUUCUGAAGGGAAAAAACAAACAAACAAGUUUAACAAAUAAAAUAACUGGUGGCUGCCUUCCAUUAAGUUGUGCCAGUUUCAGGGGCCCAAAGUUUCUUUGGAAAUUUGCUCUUUUGAUGGUCAGUACACAAAUUGUGCGACUUGGUGUUCAGUGAAUAUGAAGCAACUACCAGUUGGCUUAGCUUAGGUGAGCAUAAAGACUGGAUAUGGGGGAAGACAGCUUGGCUAUGUGCAGUGAUAACAAAAUCUAUCAAAAUUUAUAUUGAUAUUAUAUACCAGUCCAUAGGGAUCAGUCCAUCUGUCAAAUAUUAGUCUCAGUCAGUAUCGACCUUGUUGAUGGCUUUCAGCAUGUGCACACAUUUGCACUAAAUGUUCAAAGAUUUAAAGAGCUGGAAGUCUUUCAAACUGUUAAUUUUUUGUAUAUGAUUUCAUUGAUUAUCCCAAAACAAGAGCAGGAUUAAAAAAAGACAAAAUAAACAUCUAAUUGGAAGCAGAUAUCAGCGAAAUGGUAUCAUAAUUAAUGGCCAUCAUUGAUGGCCAACUUUUCCACAGUUGGUGAUAUUGGUCUACUUUUCCUUUAACAAGUCAAACUUUCUGCUGUCUUUCAGAGCUAUGCUUGUUUAUCUUGUUUUAUUGAGUUUACCUUUAUUCUUUUUCAAAUGUUCUAUGUAAGGUUGUUGUUAUAGCAUUUCUCCACCAUUCAGCUCCCGCUCCAGUGAGUCUCUCUGCAACUGAUAAUGGUAGUUCUUAUUCUGCUCUCUCGCUCCACUCCAACCAAAACCAGCAGCAGGUGGAGAACUGGCUCAUCUGCUGCUAUGCCAGGCUCACCAAAGCUGCAGAGUGCAAGGACCAACUAAGUCCAGGUUUUGGAGAGACUUGUGACCAAUCUUCAAUUAGGAAACAUUAGAUGGGAGAGAGUUAGCACCUUAGCAGUGACUGAACUUUCCAAAUAAAAUACUUGCAUAUAGCACCCUUUAAGAAACUUAUUUCCCCAUGCCAUCAAGUGUUUAUGUAUGAACUGCAAUGUUCAGGCAUAACAAUAUGCUGUUAACAUUUCAAAAAAUGAUGGAUUCUUCUUGUGACUUUGGUUGUGAACAGUUCAACAACCAAGGUUUACUGCUACACUGUAGCUGUCACUCAUCCUGUUUGGUCUUUGAAGAGUUGGUUCAACAUUCUGGGGCUUCAUUUAAAUGCUUGCCAUGAGAUGGAUGAGAAGAUUAAUACCACUUUUGUGUCCAGUCAAUAUAAAUCUACCAUCAGUUAUUAGUUAGCCCUGCAUGUAAUCUUGCCUGCUUGAUACAGGUAAAAAAUUAAGCAACUGCUUGUAUGUAGGUUUACAAAUGGUUAUGCUAAUCUGAGCUAACCAAAAGCUGCUUCUAACGACAUGUGUAAUGUGCAGAGUUGUAUCAAUCUUUCUUUUUUUUUUUUUUUUUUUUUUUUUUUUUUUGUGGCAGCAGUUUUACUUUCAUAAAAAAAUCUUUGUACUUACUAACUCAUAAAUGUAUCUCGGCAGUCCUUUAGGUUCAAAGACCUAAAGACAAAGUCUGUGUCCAGUAUUUAGUCUAUUUUCAGUAUUGCCUUAGAUUCAAAGAAUGAACUCAGCUUUUUAAAAUUGAACUCUUUAUUACUCUAUUUAACAGUUGCCAAGAGCCAUUUUAAAGUGGGAGCUGGAACACAUGCUUAUACUUUUUGAGAUGUUUUGUAAUUGUAUGGAAUUUAUCAAGGGAGAUUUUUGCACAGUGGUGUUUGAGAUGAAUACUUUAAUCCUGUGUGCCUUAUCUUCACACUGACGAGGUGCACGUACCUUUAAAAUGUGAAUGAAUCUACGCUGUGAUGAAACUGAUUAAAUUAAAUAAAGGCUUUAAAUGCACUUGUCAUGUUU